GACAGAUGGUCGAUACUAGCCACCACUUCCUUUGUCUGCGUCCGAUACACCGGACAUAUACCACGGGCUGUUAAAAAUACUGAAAAAAAAAACACUUCAGCCAAAAUGAAGCCGCGCAGCAUUCGCUGCAUGAAGUUCUUUCUCACACUCUUCAACAUCAUUUGCAUCCUAUGCGGCCUGAUCCUCAUGGCGGUCUGUGCCAUGAACAUCCGGGAGCGCAAGACCCGUCCGGAGCAGUCGGCGGUGUCUCGCGGGGUGCUCUCCUUCCUCAUCACCCUGGGCCUGUGCCUCGUGGUCACCGCCGUGCUGGGGUGUAUUGGGGCGCUGAGAGAGCAUGUGAAGAUACUGUAUGUGCACGCAUGCUUCUUCAUCUUCCUGGUAUCCGUGGAGUUCGUGGUGGGCGUGGGCGGCGCGGUGCUGAGCGCGUGGGUCGGCGGCGGGAGCGAGCUGCGCGUGCAGUUCUACCGCAACGCGACGGUUGAGGAUGACGUGGCCCGCCAUCAUGCGUUCUGGGAGAAUCUGCAGUCUGAGAACGGUUGCUGCGGCGUCGACGGCCCCCAAGACUACGCCAUCCUGCACCGAGACAUCCCCGCCUCAUGCUGCAUCAGGGCCCACCCGCUGCGGGAGGGGGGGGCGCGGAGGCAGCUGCACGCCACCUGCCUGUCGGAGAAGAGCUACUACUCCAGGGGCUGUGAAGAGGUGUUGAGGCAGAAGAAAGCGCUGAAGGGGAAUAUAUUUAUAUCGACUGGUGUUAUUUUUGCUUUGGUUGAGAUACUAUGCAUCGUGCUGGCGCUGUGGAUGGCCCGGACCAUCCGCAGCGAGCGUCGGAAGCUGCAGCAGAACCUGCAAGCUCACUUCGAGACAUGAAACUUUCAGGAUGUAUCACUGCUACUGGCACAAAACUAAAGAUUUUAUUACCUACUGAUAAGUUCAAGAUUUGUUCAAAUCACUUUCAAUCACAUUAUGCAUGCCUUUUGGAUGUUGUGCAAUACAGAAUGUACUUUUGAUAAGAUAAACACUUUAUUAGUACUUAAGUAAAUAUGUAUAACGUAUGUGAAAGCACAAAUAUUUUUUAAGUAUUCAAGAAACACAUUUUUGUAAACUGUAAGUAUUUGUCUGAAAAUGCGACGUAGCAUUGGGGUUUGAGAUAAUUGCUUUGGAUGACUUUCCAAUUUAAUGUUCUAUGCUAACCAAAAGUACCGUAUGCAUUUUAUGAUAAAAUUGAACUUAAUCUUUAUCUUAUACGAAUUUUUCACUAAAUAACUAACUGUGUUCACUAUUUAAUGUACAAUUUAAAAUAAGAAGCUGAAAUAACGUGGCUAAUAGCUGUGAUAAAAUGUAGAAAUAUAAAUUGAAACAAAAUAUGCAGUUGAAUUAUCGCUGUUUUCGGACCAAUAUUAGAAUUUGUAUGUUGUUUGUACUGUUUAUUUUGUAAAUGUAUUUUAAUUGAAGAUUGUGAAGAAGUUUUUGUACCUUUUUGUGAUGUUCUAAGUGUUGUGUGAUCUUUGUAGGCUAAAUGAUAAUGAUUAAAUUAGUUAGAUGAUGUG